ACUAUGUGAUUGUUCAAUCAAUCAGAGGUUUUAGCUGAAAUUUUACAGGUUUGGUGAAUUUGGUGUAGAAGGAAAGUCAGUAUUCAUGUGAGAUGUGAAGUCAGUCUAGAUUCUGGAGUUCGUCUGUAUUCAUCAGUCAGCUGAGUGGAGAGAUCAACACCAGAUGAAAUAUAACUCAAGAAUAAUGAACAGACCCAAGACAUGGGAAUAAUCUGCGGCAUUUUUUAAGUGAACACAAAGAAUGAGAUGAGAAACUACAGCUGGUACAGAAUAGCAAGGCGAUGAAUACAAAAGGCAGUGGUUGUAAAUUAUGUCUUUACGGCCGUGAUAACUCUCUCCAUGGUCUGAGCACAUGAACACACUGGAAACAGGACAUACUCACAGGACUGCAAUACAAGAAUCGGCAUCGAUCAAUGAAAAAAACGUAGAAAUUAUAAGCCUCCAACACUCUCAAGACUACAGUGAAGGAUGAGUUGGUUUGUGAGGCCUUCUCAGCAGCCAGGCACCAUGACGCAGCAGAAACACAACAACAGCACAACAGCACAACGCUCUCUCUGGAUCUGCUUAUUCACACCAUUUCAGAACUCAUAUCCAUGCCUGUCCUGCACAGUCCAUGUUCCUGUCCUGGUUCAUCUCUGGGUGGCAGAACUCAGCCAUGCCCCUGCUGCUGCUGUGGGCGGUGGGCAGGGAUGUGGGGGGCAGAGGGGGUUGGGGGCUGGAGGGGGUCCAGGCCCCCGUGUGCUCGCGGUGGGACCAAUCAGAGGCGCUGGAUCACCGGAGCCUCUCCCAGGAUGGGGACGUGCUGAUUGGUGGGCUCUUCCCCUUCCACAACCAGCCUCCUGCCCCAGACCUGCGCUUCACUACCCCCCUGGACCUCCAACCCUGCGCCAGUUUCCAGGCGCAACCGCUGAAAUGGGCACACGCCAUGGUGUUUGCGGUAGAUGAGAUUAAUCGGGAUCCCUUCCUCUUACCGGGGCUGCGUCUGGGCUACCGUAUCCUAGACAGCUGUGGCAUGCACCCGUGGUGCCUCCGGGGGGCGCUGUCUCUGGUGGCAGGGGGGAGCCCGCAGUGUGAACUCUCUUCGCCGCUUCCAGGAGCUGCUGGAAAACCUGCAGAUGGGCGCCCUGGAGACUCUGUUUCUCUGGUCAUCGGCGACGCCUCGUCCACCCAGAGUAUGAUCCUCUCCAGCACUCUGGGGCCUCUCUCUGUACCUGUGAUCAGCUACCAGGCCAGCUGCCCCUGUCUCAGCGACAGACGUCGGUACCCCAACUUCUUCAGAACCAUCCCCAGUGACGUGUACCAGGCCCGGACCAUGGCCCGGCUCGCUCGGCGCUUCAGCUGGUCCUGGGUCGGGGCCGUCGCUGUGGACAAUGACUACGGACGUCUAGGCAUUCAGGUGUUCCAGGAGGAGGUCCGAGGGACAGGGGUGUGUCUGGCGUUCUUCGAGACCUUCACCAGGGCGACUCUGGCGAGGGACAUGGAGCGGGCUGCUGGUACCAUCCAGGCCUCCUCUGCUCGCGUCAUCCUGGUGUUUGCCUGGUACACUGACGCCAGAGCCCUUCUCCUGGAGCUGGCCAAGAGAAACGUGACUGACAGACAGUUUCUUGCCAGCGAGGCCUGGAGCACCAGUACAGAGCUGCUCCAAAACCCUGCCCUCUUCAAGGUUGCGCGCGGUGUUCUGGGCGUGGCUAUCGGAAGUGCCCCGAUGCCUGGGUUCAGCGCUCACCUGAGGGGUCUGCAUCCAUCACAGCAUCCUGAAGAUUGGAUCCUCAGGGAACUCUGGGAGAUGGAGUUUGGUUGCCGCCCUGAGACAGGAAACACAAACAGCACGUCUCCACCCACUGCCCCCCUCCUGCCCCCCUGCAGCGGAGCAGAGACUCUGUGGGGAGUAGAGAGCUCCUUCACCGACACCUCUCAGCUGAUGACCAGCUAUAGCGUGUACCUGGCUGUGUACGCUGCAGCCCACGCCCUGCACAGCCUGCUCUCCUGCCCCAACAGAGACACCCCCUCCUGGGGCAACAACUCAGCUUGCUCUCCGCCCCACAACCUCUCCCCUGCGGAGCUGUUGCAGCAUCUGAAAAGGGUGAACUUCACCUCUCCUCUCGGGGACGAGUUCUACUUCCGGGGCGCUGAUAUCCCUGCAGCCUACGACCUGGUGAACUGGUGGCCCACAAACAAGGGCUCCCUCAAACUGGCCACCAUUGGUCAAGUCAAAGGGUCAGAUCUCCGUAUUGAUGAAUCAGCCAUCCAGUGGAUCACGGGAUCGAAUGAGCCCCCCAAGUCAGUGUGCAGUGAGAGCUGCCCUCCUGGCACCCGAUUGGCCAACAGGAAGGGGCAGCCAGUCUGCUGCUUCGACUGCAUCCCCUGUUCUGACGGGGAGGUCAGCAACCACACCGGUUCCUUCCAGUGUGAGCGCUGUCCUGAGGAGUUCUGGUCUAACAGCGCGCAGACGGCCUGCAUCCCUCGUCAGCUGGAGUUCCUCUCCUUCAACGAAACCAUGGGAAUCACCCUGACAACGGCCGCCCUGUCUGGUGCUGCGGUCACUGUUGGGGUGUUUGUUGUCUUCCUGUACCACAGACACACCCCACUGGUGCGGGCAAACAACUCAGAGCUGAGCUUCCUGCUUCUGCUGUCACUCAAGCUCUGCUUCCUGUGUUCACUGGUGUUCAUUGGUCAGCCAUCUGUGUGGGCGUGUGGGCUCCAGCAGGCUGCGUUCGGGAUCAGCUUCGUCCUCUGUCUCUCCUGCCUGCUGGUCAAGACCAUCGUGGUCCUGGCAGCGUUCCGGUCUUCCCAGCCCGGCGCUGGAGCUCUGAUGAGGAGGUUCGGUCCAAGUCAGCAGAGAGGGAGUGUCUGCAUCGUUACCUGUGUACAGGUGGUGAUCUGUGCAGUGUGGUUGUUCCUGAGUCCUCCCCUGCCUGAACGCGACCUGGGCCUCCAGGGCUCCAAGGUGGUGUUGAAGUGUGCUGCUGUGGGCUCCGUGGUGGGCUUCUCCCUGGUCCUGGGGUACAUCGGCCUGCUGGCCUCCCUCUGCCUCCUCCUGGCCUUCCUGGCCAGAAAACUCCCGGACAACUUCAACGAGGCCAAGCUCAUCACCUUCAGCAUGCUGAUCUUCUGUGCCGUGUGGGUCGCGUUCAUCCCAGCGUACGUCAGCUCUCCGGGGAAGUUCACGGUUGCCGUGGAGAUCUUUGCCAUCCUGGCCUCCAGUUACGGACUUCUGGUCUGCAUCUUCGCCCCAAAGUGUUACAUCAUCCUGCUGAGACCUGAGAGGAACACCAAGAAACAGAUGAUGGCCAAAUAACAGAAGAUCUGCGCCCACAAAUAUAAUGUACAGUUAUGAGACUUUGAGAUGGUCAUAAUUAUGCUCCAAACUCUAAUUGUUAAAUUCAUCCACAAGCUCCCUCUGAAUUGUUCUGAAAUGGACUAAGGUUAACUGACAAUGUGACACCAGGAACAAAAGAUUAAUGGACCAAGAACUGACCUAGUAGAAAAAGUUUAAUUCUUAACUGUCUCAAAUGCUUUGACCCAGCCUUUGUGUUUUCAUCUGC